AUGGCCGCCCGUGACACCAGCAGCCCCUUGACCUCCUCAGGGAUCUUGACGUGCUAUUCCCACGACGACCACUUGAACUGCCCAGAUUGGAUUUAUGAUUGCGCAGAUAGCGGCUCGUUGAUGAAACAUGCUCUACAGCCGAAAUGCUGCCCUAUGUACUUACCGUUUGCGCCCUCGUUUCGCCGCCGUCUCUUUGACACGACGAUCGACGGACCGAUGGGGUCUAGCGGAAUAGUCGCCAACAGCAGCGGUGUUUGCAUCCCCGUAGACCCCAACUACGCCGUCUCAAAGGGGUGCCAGGGCCAUGAAGCAUACAGUUACCAGUACGCAAGGACAGUAUACACAUACACCAACGGGAGCACCACGGGCGUCACAGCUUUCAAUUCACCUACGUCUACCUUUUCCGAUAUGAUCCCGGUUCCUACAUCCUUUAAGCCUGAGGAGCUGUCCGAGUAUCGCAGACUCCAUGCUGUUGAUGCCAUUUCACUUCUGUCCCAUGAGUCUGAUUUGCAGGCGGCUGCUACUGCGACAGCGACAGCGACAGCGGAUACAGGGUCGGGUACGCCCGGUACUAGUAAAACGACGAGUAAUGCUGCUGGCUCGCUGAGGAGGAAGUCUGCGUGA